CUGCUGUGGAGCCCGGCUGCUGAGCUCUCUGCUGGUGCCGGCGCUGGAGCCAGAUGCUGCCGGCUUUCCUGAGGGUCACCUUACGCAGCUGUCCUCGACAGCUGCCUGGGAACCACUGCCGUGCUGUGACAGGAGCUGCCGGCCCUGCUGAGAGCGUGCGGGUACUUCACUCUUCUUCCACAGUGGCUCAAAAGGAGCUUCUGUUUGUUGAGCCUGACUCUCGCUGCAGAGGGGAAGACUCCGUUAGGGGCUGAGCUGCACUCGUGCUGCGCAAAGGGCAGUCUGAAGGUCUGUGCCGGGGGAAUGCAUCCCGGCAAGUCCUCUGGAAGGACAUGCCGCAUCCUGGUGUAGGAGACCUUAGCUUUUGGAUGCAAGAAAGCUGUAAAGUGAUACUUUCUCACGUAUGAGAACCUGCCUUCUCUUCUCAGCAUGUCUGUCACCUGAGCCAGCCCUCCACCAAUCCCUCUUUGGUGCAUUCCCUCCCUCUUCUCCCGUGCCUGCAGGGUUAUGUUGGAGCUGGCAAGGAGCAAGCGCUGAAAGUCUACUACCUGCCAGGAGUACCUGGUGGCUUCUGCAGGACUUUCCAGGUCCAAGUGGGUCACCUGGAGCCAGAAGAGAUCUCCUUAAAAGGAGAGGGUAACUUUCCCAGGAUCUCCUUGGAGCUCCCCAGGAAUAUCAAAGGAAAUGAAAAAUAUGAGAAGGUCCUCAAGGGGGCAAAAGAGAAGAUGGAACAAGACAGCCAGAGAGAUGAAGCUGUUGUUCUGGGAGAAACUGUGGCUGCAGAGACGGCUCGAGCACCAUGUUGGAGCCUUGUCUGCAGAUGCAGAUGGAGCAGAUGCUGCUAGAGGAACAUGCCCUGGAGCAGCUGAAAGCUCUGGCCUGCGGUCCCCCAGAGGACACUGCCUUUGACCAGCGUGCUCGCUGCGGGCUUCUCAAAGCUGAGCUGCCUGAGUACAUCCUGGACUUUGGCUACGUCAUUCGUGGUAGUACCCACACUCACGUUGUGAAGAUCACCAACACCGGGCGGUUUCCUGUGUCCUUCUGCACUGGCCGAAGGGUCCUGCGUAGCACAGCAGGAUUCUACCUGUGAGAACCCUUUUCCCUUGUGCUGUGACAGGGAAGAAAGAGUAGUGGGCUGCUCCACGAGUGCA